UUUACUUGUGAGGAACGUUGCGCGCGCUCGCAAGUCCCUAAUAGGUAUCGUAGUUUUGAACGCGAUGUGUAAACUCAAUUAGGAUUUAUGCGUUUGCGAAAAAAAACAAUCCGAACGUGGCAGACAGUCUGUAUGACGUUCUAAUUUCAAAUAUAAAAAAAAGAGAAUUGUCAUUUUUCCGCGCGUUUUACCUACCUUAAAUUCAUAUCGAUAUUUUCUUGUAUUGUUUUUAAAUAUUGUAUGGUUUUGGUGUUGUGUUGUAAAGUGAUGGUGUAAAAUGUGGUGGCGGUGGUGGGUGCUGGUGCUGCUGGCGACUUCUGCCGCGGGCAAGGGCAAGAAGCAUCGCCAUCAGAAACCUGGUCGAGCCCUCCUAGACCGCCUGACGAGCACCAAUGAAGGAGAGGUUGUAUUGUCAAGCGAUGCUGAUGGACUGCUGCCACCUCCUCUGGACGUGGGGCCGUAUGUCACCGUCACAGCCAAUGCCACUUGCGGCAGCGACGGUGCUGAGGAGUAUUGCAGGGACACGCCUGGCAAACGAGGUGUGGUCUGCGAUAUAUGUGAAGGUGCCGACGGCUCGUCCGUUCGUCGUCACCCGCCGUCGCACGCCGUAGACGGAGACCCCAACACUUGGUGGCAGAGUCCCACAUUCGCCUCUGGGGAGGAAUACGCUCAUGUUGAGUUCAUUGCCACACUGCCAGCUAAAAUGGAGCUCCUGCACGUGAUAAUAAAGUCGGGCCCCUCCCCGCGACCGCUCGCCUGGUCGCUGGAGAUUUCCUCGUCAGGCGAUGAUGACUGGCACAUGGUCCGCGCAUUUGGUGACAAGGAACAUUGCAGAAAAUUAUGGAACUUGCGGCCAGAGAGAAGGAGACGGAAAGCUCGAGGCGCGAGGAAAGGGCGCGCUGACAAGCCCACCUGUUCAUCAGAGUUUGCCAGUCCAAAACCCUUGGAGAAUGGACAGAUGCACGUGAACCUGGGCCCGGGCGUGGUGGCGCGCGCAGUGCGCGUGUCGCUGCAGGCGGCGCACGCGUCGCCCGCACGCCGCCGCUACUACACGCUGCGCGCGCUCACGCUGGCCGCGCGUUGUCUCUGUCCCGCUCACACCCGACACUGCACGGUCGAUGACAAGGGAGCCAGGUGCGCCGCGCGGCCCUGCGGCGUCGACGACACCGGCGCUGUCGUCUGUGUCAACUGUACCGAAAACCGAGCCGGGCCGCUGUGUGACCGCUGCCUGCCUGGCUUCUACAGCGCGCUGCCGGACGCCGGCUGCCGGCCUUGUCUGUGUCAUCCCGAAGGUUCUAAUGGAACCUGCUAUUGGAAUAAGAAAAGUCACCAGAUAUCCUGCUCGUGUCACCCCGGGUUCGCGGGGAACCUGUGUGACUCCUGCGAGGACCCCGCAGCCGUGUUCCCCAACUGUCUGACCCCCACGGAGCCCGCGUGCAAGUGUGACCCCCGGGGGAUCGUGGACCCAACGAGGAUCUGUGACGAAGUCUGCGAGUGUAAGAAAAACGUGAUAGGUGACCGCUGCGACACGUGCGCGCCGGAACACUUCGGACUGAGCGCCGCGCGCGCGGAGGGCUGCGCGCGCUGCUACUGCUCGCGCGCGGCGCGCGUCUGCGCGCUCGACCUCGGCCCGCGCCCUGCUCUGUCUGAUAUAAUAUUUCCUCUGGGAGAAGCGUGGCUGGUGCGCGACGCUCAAGAGAACCAAACGCUGGAGUCUUCUGUCGACGAGCAGGGGAAGCCGUACAUCGUCAGUUAUGAGGUAGAAGGCUGGGAGCACUUCUACUGGUACAGCUCGUGGUGGAGCGGACAGCAGCUUUCGCGCUACGGCCACGAGCUGCGCGCGCGCGUGUUCUGGAGCGUGGUGCGCGGGGACACCGAGGGCGCGCCCACGCGCGCGCCCGACUUCAUCCUCGUCGCUGCGGACGGCACCAAGCUGUACUCUGCGGAGACGUCGCACGAGACAGCGGGCGCGGGCGCAGUGACGCUGACGACGCAGCUGCUGGAGCACAUGUGGCGACGCGCGGACGCGCGUGCGCAUGCGCCGCGUGCGCUGCUGCUGGACGUGCUGCGCGAUCUGCGCGCGCUCAUGCUGCGCGCGCACUUCCAUUACGACCAGGACGAGGUGCGGCUGGAGAGCGUGCGCGUGCAGCAGCCGCAGCAGGCAGUAGAGCGCGAGCGCUGCUCGUGCCCCAGCACGCACACAGGCGCACACUGCGAAGGCUGCGCGUGGGGCGCUGUGGCGCUGGCCGGCCAAUGUCUGCCCUGCGCCUGCAACGGGCACGCGCACUGCGACUCUAUCGAUGGUCCGUGUGGCCCGUGUCAACACAACACCACGGGACCGCAUUGUGAGCGGUGUUUGCCGGGACACUACGGCAAUCCUGUAAAGGGCGCGUGCAAGCCGUGCGCGUGCCCGCUGCGCGCGCGCAGCAACAACUUCAGCCCCAACUGCGCGCUCGCGGCCGCGCGCGGCGACGACUACGUGUGCACGCAGUGCCCCGACGGCUACACCGGCGACCACUGCGAGCUUUGUGACUUCGGCUACUGGGGCUCCCCAACCACGGAGGGUAGUAGUUGCCAAAAGUGUGACUGCGCCGGCGCCCCUUGCGACAGGGAUACAGGACUAUGUCUGACCUGUCCGGAGAACACUGAAGGCGCUAGAUGUGACCAGUGCAAGGAAGGCUACUGGUUCGGGCCAGAAGGAUGGCGCGGCGCGGGCUCCGCUUGCGAGGCGUGCGGCUGCGGCGCGGGCGCUCUGGCGGCCGCGUGCGACGCCGCCACCGGCCACUGCGCCUGCAGGGAGGGCUGGGCUGGCCGGGUCUGCGACCACUGUGCUGACGGACACGGAGGCGUAGAGGAAGGCUGCCCAGCCUGCCGCUGCGGCGUGGCGGCGCACAACAACUCGUGCGAGCCCCGCUCCGGCGCGUGCGCGUGCGCGGCCGGCGCUGCGCCGCCGCGCUGCGACCGCUGUCUCUCCGGACACUACGGCCUCGGCGCUGGCGGCUGCGCAGGUUGCAACUGCUCGCGGCUUGGCGCAGAGGGCAACGCAUGCGACAUCCGCACGGGGCAGUGUCGGUGUAGGCCUAAUGUCGUCGGUCGCGCAUGCGACACCUGUGAGGUGGGCUACUGGGGCCUGCAGUUGGGCGGCUGCCGGCGUUGCGAGUGCGGCGCGGGCGCGGCGGCGUGCGACCCGGUGAGCGGCGCGUGCGCGUGCGCGGCCGGCGUCGGCGGCGCGCAGUGCGACCGCUGCCUGCCCGGGUACUACGGCUUCCGCCCGGCCGGCUGCUUGCCGUGUCCCACGUGUUCAGACGGGAAGAUCUGUUCGCUGGACACGGGCCAGUGUGUGUGUCCGCCGCGGACGCGAGGCCCGGAGUGUAAACAGUGUGCGCCGGGGUACUGGUCCAGGGAGAAUGGCUGCCAGCCCUGCACCUGCGGCGCUGGGGCGACCUCUAAUACAUGUGACCCAGUGAGUGGCCACUGCAAAUGUCGCACCGGCUGGGCCGGGUCGCGAUGUGAACGCUGCGCUCCCGGUCACUUCGGGCCACGAUGUAGACCUUGCGACUGUUCUCUUGAUGGUUCCAGAGAUUGUGUGAACGGUUCGUGUAGCUGUGAUGAACUAGGAAGAUGUCUCUGUAAAGAGAAUGUGGUGGGUGACAAAUGCGACCAAUGUCUAAACGGAACCUUCGGCCUCUCAUCGGAGAACCCCUCUGGCUGCACCGCCUGCUUCUGCUUCGGCCGCGCGGCUCACUGCACACAAGCUGCCCUCACCAGAGCUGCUUUACAUAACACCAAUCCUAUGCAUGUUACAUUGCUGAAGGGAGAUCAGAUCACCACAGUGGAUAUCCAUUCUCCUCUAGCUGUGCCUAUGCACAAUCAAGACGUCACCAUCUCACUACCUUGGCCGCCAGCACCAGUGUACGUGGAAUUAGAUAACAGAUUCCCCGGAGACAGGAUCACCUCAUACGGAGGCCUGCUAAGGUAUACUGUAGAAGAGGAAGGCGGAGAAGAAUUGUCGAUGGAGACUAAGCUUCAGGCGCCGCUAGUCAGCAUGUACAGUGGGGACAUCGUCCUUGAUUAUUACGAGAAUGAUCCAAACAAGAACGGCAGCCACGCAGUGCGUUUCCACGAAUCGUUGUGGUGGGUGCGCGGGAGAGGGGUCAAAGCGAACCGAGCGGCUCUCAUGGUGGUGCUGCAGAAGCUGCAGAGGGUCCUCAUACGCGUCACCAGCAGAGCCCCUACUAAAGACGAUCACGUUCAUGCUUUACUACUAAACGUGUCGCUGGACACAGCCAUUCCCGGGCUGAGCCGCACGGCCGCCGCUGUGGGCGUGGAGCGCUGCGUCUGCAGCGAAGGCUACGCCUCGGACUCCUGUCAGAGGCCGGCCCGAGGCUACUGGCUGCCUCAACAGAGGAUACGACUCGGUUCUACUGAUGGAACUGUGAUCAUUGCCAUUGAGGGGGAAGCGAAGCGAUGCGAUUGUAACGGCAGAGCUGUGGCGUGUGAUCCUGACACUGGGACGUGUUUGAAUUGUAGAAACGGCACGGGCGGGGCGCACUGCGAGACAUGCGCCGCGGGGUUCCACGGCAGCGCGCGCGCGGGCGGCUGUGCGCCGUGCCCGUGCCCCUCGCGGCUCAGGAACUUCGCUGACAGCUGCGAGUUCCGCGGCGGCGCGCUGCGCUGUCUCUGCAAACCUGGUUACACGGGCAUGGAGUGCGAACACUGCGCCUCUGGAUGGCACCGCGCGGAGGACGGCAGCUGCGCGGCGUGCGCUUGCGACGCGCGCGGCGCGGAGACAGCCGCGUGCGACCGCGACGGCCGCUGUCGCUGUCUCGCUUUCGCCACCGGCCUCAAGUGCGACCGCUGUCGCGCGCCCAGGACAUAUCUGGAGGACGGGGAAUGUAAACAAUGCGACAACUGUACACAAACUCUCCUCGAUUCCGUUGAAGAACUGACAACCCACCUGCAACGAAACGCAAACCCCACCGAACUGAGUCGUAUACCAAAGCCUUUCCCGACUUUAAGAGAAUUUUCACGCAACGCCACCGAACUAAAAACGAGACUAAGUAACUAUAGGAAUGAAACAGAAAAUUCUAGAAAUUUAGACAAUAUCAUGCAUAGACUAGAGGUUGAUGAACAUAGAAUAUUUACUGACACAAAUACAUUUAAGACUGAAGCUUUAAAGAGGCGAGAUGAAGCUACAUCUUUGAGUCUAGAAAGUAUGAGUGGAUUAGAAGAAGUGAUCAAACAGAGAAGGAAGAUAGGAGAACAAGUUGAAGCACUAGAUGAGUUUGCGAGAGGAGAAAGACAUCUAAGCGCGCAUAAAGCGCUAAAAGAGGGAAGACUGUUGUUCAGGCAUAUUAGUGAUAUCAAAUUGAUGGACUAUCUUAGAGGAGCAAACGAUGUUUUUGAUGCGGCACAUCUCCAGUCCACAUCGGUCCUCGAAUACAAAUACCGAAUAGACGACCUCUACAAGCGCGUGCAGAGUCUCCAAGCCAAGUUGGACGACUGGGAACAAAAGACUGACGACUACCCGAAACUGGCAGACGUGGUGUGGUCCGCGGGGGACUCCAUUGCAGCGAUGAGCAGGGGCAUCAGGCCCAGGCUGUCUGCGGUGAGGGACGCGGGGCUGCGCUGCAGACUUGUCUUGGAGGACAUCACGACCCUAUCGGCUCACAACUUGACCGACGAGGCGCACUCUGCAGUAUUACUGGCGCAAGCACUAGCUAUCAAGUUCCCCUCGCUGACCUCCGAACUGGCGACUCUCAUGCUGGCUGCUGAGGAGAAGGAAGGGAUAUUAUACAAUCUCACACCGGUGUAUAAGGAGAAGUACUUGAAGUCUGUGGAGACACAUGUGGCUGAUUUGAAUCAAAAAGCCACGCAGUAUAAAAGCCUAUUCGCUGAUACGCGCGCCGCAUCAUCCCUAGGUGUGUCCGCCGCUCGCGCUUGGUCAGAAGUAGCUGACGAGCUUCGGGAGGCUGCUACAGCCGCCGAUGCUGCGUUGUCUACAGCUUCGGCGGCUGCUUCCUUAGCUAAAGGGGCGAGGCCUGUGACGUCACCUGGAAUGGACACAUCUUAUUCUUUAAAGCAGAGAGGAGCUGAAGUGCUGGCCAGAGCUGAAGAAGUCCGCAAGCAACUGGAGCACUUGAUCCGGUCAGCGGACGCCGUGUCAGUGUCCCUGCGCGGGCUGGGCUGGGCGGAGCGGGAGCUGGGCGCCGCCGCCGGGCCCCCCCCCCCGCGCGAGGCGCUGGCGGCCGCGGGCAAGCAAGCGGACCGCGUGUUCGUGACCACCAGGGCCUUGUACGACGAGGCCAGCGAGCUCAGGCAGAAGAUGCGCUACCAGCUGAGGAGACAGCUGGCUGAACUGCAAAGGCAUGGGGACACCGCUUUGGGAGCUGCUCAGGAGCAUGUGUCCCAAAUAAGCAGCAACACGGUCCGCGGCGCGGAGCUGGCGCAGGCGCUGGCGACGGCCGCGCGCGCGCGCGCGCACGAGCGCGAGGCCACGCGCGCGCGCGCUCAGCCUGUGCUGCGCGCGCUGCGCGACGCCGUCGCCAGGGCCCGGCACGCCGCGCAAACGAUAUCAGUAUCAGUGACAUCAGCCCCUGGCGCGUCAGUCGGCUGCUCCCGCGCGUAUCUCAUCCGCUCUCACUCUCCAACCGUAACGCGGUUGUCGCUCGCGUUGUCCUUCGAUGGUGUGGUCAGAGAUGGAGUUCUUCUCUAUUUGGCUGGGGAUGACCGGCCACAGGACAGAAAGAGCUACAUGCGUCUAUUCGUACACAACAAACGCUUACGCCUCCGCUGGGACCUCGGCGCCGGAGAGGGGCACAUACACCAUCCAGAGGAGCUGCUGCCGACUCAUGACGACACUGUUCAUACCACUUACAGGAUUGAGAUCGAAAGGAUAUGGAACACGGUGCACCUGCGCGUAGAGCGCGCGGGCUCGCCAGUGGUGUCGGCCAGCAACAGCAGCUCCGCCAGGGCCGACACGCUGCGCGCGGCGCGGCUGUGGCUAGGCCGGGAGGGGGACGCGGGAGGGGGGGCACUGCCCGCCUGCGUGCACGCGCUGCACGCGGACGACAGUGUCGUGGGGCUGUGGAACUUUGCCGAGCAGCCGAAGGAAGCCAAGUGCACUGGCUGCACUCAGAGAUGGGUGGGCCCCCGCGGCGGCCCCGGGGCGCUGUGCGCCCUGGGCGGAGGCUACGUGGAACUGAAGCGGUCUUCUCUGCGGGCGCCUGACAGCAGACACUUCAGUCUGGCGCUCACCUUCCGGACCAGAGACAGGGACGCGUUACUUUUCAUGGCUCUGGAUGCCGCUCAUAACCGGUCGAUAUCAGUGUGGCUGCAAUCGUGCCGCGUGAUGUUCGCGGUGCAGUACAGCGGGUCGCGGCUGCAGAUGACGGCGGGCGGCGCGCACUGCGACGGUCGCCUGGCGCACGUGCAGGCCAUCCGUGUGUUCGCCGGCAACCAGCUGGAGAAAGGCAGCCUGCGUGUGAACGGCGAAGAAACCCUGGGCUCCCCCUCUCCCCCCGUGCAGUCGGCUGCGGCCUUGCCGGACCUCACCAACGCCCCCUACUGGGUGGGGGGGCUGCCCCCCGGCGCAGGGGUGGAGGCUCCCGCCCCCCCUCUGCUGGGGUGCAUCGGGGCCGUGUCGGUGGACAGAGAGGGGUACAACCUCAUGGACACCCCGACGAGGCACGCUGUCGAGCCGAAUUGUGGCACUAGAGUGCUCCGCUCAGCAGUGUUCGAAGGAGCUGGGUUCGCAGAGUUGCCGUCGCCGGGCAUCCGCCGCCGCGGCGCCGUCGGGCUCAGCUUCUCCUCGCGGUCGCCGGCCGGCCUGCUGCUGUACCGCGCGCCGGCGCCCGAUGAAGACGACAGACACUAUCUGGCGCUACUACUCGUGGACGGUGAUUUGGAGGUGACGGCAUCGACUGGCAAAGAAGAAUUGAAAUUGCGCACCAACGGGACAAGAUUCGAUGAUCAGAGGCUGCAUGUGGUCAAACUGAUGCGCGUGCACAAACAGCUCGAAAUGUGGGUAGACGGGAAGCGAGUACAUUCAGGCGCUCUGAUUGGUCCGGCCUUCGCGGGUCGAGCGCGGGGUUUGUUCGUGGGGGGGCUGCCGGCCGGAUACCGCGGAGUGAGCCCGGGGGCGCUCCAGGGGCUCACCGGGACCAUCGUCGAUGUCAUUGUGGAUACACAAGUGGUGGGGUUCGAGACGGCAGUGCAGUUGUGGGGCGCGACGGCGGGGCGGGCUGCGCGCGCGCCGCACGCGCCGCGCGCGCUGCACGCGCAGCACGCGCUGCACGCCGACACUCUCUGCACCAAGACGCCAUCGUACGCGGUGGAGAGCGGCGCGGCCAAGUUCGGAGACGCGGCCGGCAGCCACGCGGCCGUGCGGCUGCCGGCCGCCGGCCGCCUCACGCUGUCGCUGCAGUUCCGGACCAUGCGCUCUGAAGGCAUCCUCGUCUUGAUACCGGGAUCAAAAGCGAAGCCGAAGCACUACACGGCGCUGUGCGUGCGCGCGCGCAGACUGCGGCUGGUGGUGCGCGGACGACGGCGCAAGGAAAUAUCACUGCCGGAGCCUGUCGACGACGGCGGCUGGAGGACGGUGUCGGUGCGCAUCUGGCGCGGCCGCAUCUCCCUGAGCCAGGGCGCGGGUGUGGACGGUGCGCGUGCGCAUGCGCAUGCAGCGCCGGCUGCGCGCGCGCACCGCCUCUACGUGGGCGGGCUGCCCGCCGACCGCGACACUCUCGCGCCGCAUCUGCCGCACUCCAUCGUCCGCGUGGGCGGAUUCCGCGGCUGCGUGCGUCGCGUUAUAGUCAACGGGAGACAAGAAGAAUUGGUUCGUGAUACGAAGUCCCAUCACGCGUUGGGACAGUGCUUUCCCAAUAUCGAGAGGGGGGCGUACUUUGCAGGCGACGCAUAUGCAACAUGGUCGAGUAAUUGGUCGUGGGGCGGUGAAGUGACUGGCGGGGAGGCGGGGGAGGACGGGGGGGAGACGUUGGAGGUCAGCCUUCAUUUCCGAACAGCCAAGCCCAACGGUGUCCUCGUCGCGGCCAAGCCUCUGCUGCUGGAGCUGAGAGACGGACAGGUGGUGCUGAGUCGUCAGCCCGUGGAGCAGCAAGCGGGCGCGGAGUGCGUGUCGUGGGGCGAACACGCGGCGCUGUGCGACAACACGUGGCACCGCGUGCGGGCGCGGGCGUCGCGUGGCGGCCUCGCGCUGGCGGUGGACGACGCGCCGGCUGCGCGCCGCGCCGGGCUGGGCGCGCUGCUGGACGACGCUGCGCCGCCGCGCCCGGCGCCGCUCUACGUCGGGGGUCUGCCAGAAGGCGCAGCAGACGUGGGCGAGACAGGGCGUGAGAACUUCAAGGGGUGUCUGCGGGACGUGGCGGUGGGGGGCGCAGCCCGGGACUGGACGGAGAUGGAGGCUACGCACAAUGUGCUGCUGGACUCCUGUCCUGUUCAGCAGUGAUGUUGCUCUACAGAGGAGCGAGUAGUCGUAAGUCAUGUCAGAUGCCUUUAGGCGACGUGAAUAAUAUCUGAGUUAGCAAAAUAACGCACUCGAAAAUAGAAGAGGAACAGUAGGAGUGGAGGCAAGAUUCGAGCGAUUUUGUCAUUCCUACAUUUCAAACUCAGCGGCCUACUGUACUCGUAAAUACAGUUUUUCAAAUUUUAACAUGGACAAGAAUCAAUUUUAUUACCAGACACAUGGAAAUAAUUAAUUUGUUUUAUUAAUUAAUUAAUUUUAGAAACUAUUGUUUCCUCAAGAAAACUGACGGAUGAAAGCGCGGCUGCAACAUCGAAACGCUCGAGAAACCCUUUUAAGCUAAGACACCAAAUGGGUCCAUUUGGUGACAGUUUAGUCCAAUGAAAAGAAUGUCUGAGCCUUAUUUAAGCCCUUGCGAACGAAGGGACCUUAAAUACACAAAUGAUAUUUUAUAUCUCUGUCUAGACAUAUAAAGCUAGACAGGGGUAGCAAAAUUUUAAAUUCGGGCGUUUUUGUUCAACAUUGAAACAGUGAAUAAUUCUAACUCAAAAGUACUUAAUUCUAACUAUCAAAGGACCAGAUAAUAAGAAUAUAUAUUUAGUCUGAAAAAAGUGCCUUACUUAAAGUAUUACCAAACAGUGCCAUUUAAUGAUAUAAUGAUGUUUCCUUCAUAUGGACAAAGUUUUUAUUUUUUCUGUAUUUCACACAGUCGGUAGACACUUAACUGCGCGAGAGUCUGGGACGCGUCACAGGUUUAUUGAUUUUUAUACUUACACAGUGGACUUCAGUAAUUUGCAGUAAUAAUCUUUGCAAACUUGUAUCAUCAAAAUUUUGCGAUUAGACACAACAUGGAGAAACAUGGAUUGAGGCUAUAUUUUAGAGGCUAGAGGACCUGAGUCAAUCAGUUAUGCAGGUCCUGACUUGUAAAUAAUUCUUAAGUUCUAUAACAUCACAGUUCGAAGUCUAAUAGGACUUUGGAUUUACGACCUUGUCAUAGUAUCCCAAAAAUGUUUGGCCAAAAUAGUAGUCACGCAAAAAUGUGCGUUGAAAUGAACAUUGCAAGGUUCAAUUUAAUUUCAUUGUUAAUUAGUCAAUGAGCAAAUUAAACAAUUAUUUUUUUAUUCACUCGACAAAUCUGUUCAAAAUUUUAAAGUGUCUGCAAGUGUCCUACAUGAAACCAGUAUUUAUAGGAAAUAUUGUGUAAAUAUAUUUCAUCUUAUUUAAACAUUAAGUUAAACAUAUAGUCACCGUUCUCGAAGCAUAAUGAUUGAUAAUAAAUUGUGCAAAAUUGCAAGAAGAAAAUAAGUAUUAAGUCUUUUUCAGUACAAUUUGAUGAGAAAAAUCAAAUAAUUUUCAACAAAUAUACUUACAUUAAUUGCAUUUAUACUGUGUAGUCACUAGGGUAAAUGUCUGCAACCCAUCCCAUCACCAGUUUAACGAGAUCAAAAACGUCCCAAGUAUUCCCACAUUAACGUAAUAUGUACUCAACAUUUUUUUGAAUUUUACAAACAAAAAGUUUCAAUUAAGUUUACAAGUAAGCAAAAAUACUAUAUCUACAAUUUUCAAUAUGUGAGUGAAGAGUUAUUUGAGCUGCUCACCUGCCGCAGGGCGAUAUAGGACCUAAGGAAAAGAUGCACGUAUUUAAUAGAAAAAGAAAGCAAUCCUGCUUCAUUUUUGACGACCUCGGUGGCGCAGUGGUAAUGUUCUUGCCACUGAGCCGAGAGGUCCCGGGUUCGAUCCCCGGAUAGGGUCAUGAUGGAAAAUGAUCUUUUUCUGAUUGGCCCAGGUCUUGGAUGUUUAUCUAUAUGUAUAUGUUAUAAAAUAUAGUACAGUUGAGUUAGUAUCCCAUAACAUAAGUCUCGAACUUACUUUGGGGCUAGCUCAAUCUGUGUGAUUUGUCCUGAUAUAUUUAUUUUCUUAGCUUAGCCUUCUGUGUUAGCUCGUCAAGGCCGACUAGUGGAGACAAAAAACAUUACAUAUUACGAUAAACAAAAUCGUUGUUUUUUUUUAACGAUGCACUUAAUUGUCAAUGGAAUGGGAUGGGUUAUUUUUAAAUGUAAGCGUGAAUAGUUUGAAUGUACAUAAUACGUUAGGGAACAGCUUUAAUAGUUACGAAGAAAACUUGGCGUCGCAAAAUAACUUCUAAGCAGUGUUCAGUAGUCUUAAUUAAUAUUGUAAUGACGAGUCGAUUCGUAGGAAAGUUAUUGUAUGUAGUCUGUAAAUAGACAUCUCAGUAACUUAUUGAUAAAAAUAUAGUAAUCAAACAGUUGAACAAAAAUUUGUUAUUAAAAACAUUGAUUGGUCACUGAGUUUUAUUUAUUAGUGAUUAACGUAACUACGUGAUUACCGGGCUAAAGAGACAAAAAUUGGUAGGUAUAUCUAAAAAUGUUAACUUUUAACUACAAAAAGUAGUUGCAAUCACUGUUAUGUAUUCGGGGUUUUUUCAUAUUUACCUUAUACAAAGCUCACCGAAUCUGAAGUGUUGAGAACUCGUAUGCGAAUAAAGGUUUGUAAAAUGGGUGGCCAAAAGCAUUUGAUGUAAUAUUAACCAAUAAAUUUAAACGAUUAUUGUAGUUUUUCAGUCUGUUAGCAACAACUGCAUUUAAUUGUAGUUAGUAUUCAAACUACACAAUAUUACAUAACCACGCCAACUUUAAACACUUGCUAAGAACAGUAUCACGUACUUAAAUUUUAUAAAUGUUUAAAAGUAUAGUUACAAAACUAUUUAUUGUUCUCCGUACCGGUUUUGUUGUCUCUGAAAAAUUCUUGCGUCGCACAGAGAUAAUGUCUAAUCUGCUUCCUACGAGUCGACUUGUUCACUUUGUAAAUACACUGUACAUACUAAAGUACGUAUUUAUUGUAAUCGCUUUGAAAUAAAAGUCUAUUGGCAAUAAAAAACAUUUAUUUUAUCAGUUACAUUCCUUCGCUCGCCUCCCUGCGCGCCUGACGAGGUACGCAACUAGGAUACUUCGAAGACUGGUUAAAAUAUAAAAAUAUCUCAUCAGGCGCACAGGGGUUAAUUACUCCUAAACCCCCACUACCCUCCACAGAUGAAAAGAAGGGACAUGCCUGGCUGACUCAUUGCCACCAGCCAUGACACAAAAAAAGAUGCCAUUAAAAAUAUACAAUCAUUAUUUGCAAAGGUUGCCAGGUCAAAAAAAAGAUUUAGAAAUUCAGAAAAACAAAGACAAGACUGGUAAAAUUAACUCUAAAAUAAGAACAUUUUAAGGCAAAUUUCAAAGGUCGACAUCCACCGUCGCAGCAAUGAGCGCGCCAGAACUUGUACGCUUAGAGAAUAGAUUUCGAACACUAUCUAAGAAAGAAAGACACUGCUUUAUAUUACCGACUAUCUACCUCUAUAUACGUCUUUUACAAAUUCUUUACGGACUGAGGAAUUUUAUAUAACGUUCUGAUGAGAUUAACAUAUGUGCUAUACGUGCGUAUAACAAAUGUUUAUGGGGAUUAAAUCUUUGGAUAAAAAAAAAACACUGAAAAUAAAAUUAAUCACGAAAAA